AUGCUCCCACCACCACCACACACCACAACACCUGCCACAACACCUGCCACAACAACAACAGCGGCUGCCACCACCACCACAGCCCCAGCCACUACAAUAACAACAGCUGCUACCACCACCACAGCAGCCACAACCACCACAGCUCCAGCCACUACAACAACCACAGCUGCCACCACCACCACAUCCCCUGCCACUACAACAACCACAGCUGCCACCACCACCACAUCCCCGGCCACAACAACCACCACUGCUCCCACCACCACCACAGCCCCAGCUACUACUACAACAACAACAGCUGCCACCACCACCACAGCCCCAACCACAACAAUAACCACAGCUGCCACCACCACCACAGCCACAACAACAACCACAGCUGCCACCACCACCACAACACCUGCCACAACAACAACAACAAUGGCUGCGACAACUACAACUGCUCCUGUGACAACAACAACAACGGCUGCCACCACCACCGCAGCCCCAGCCACUACGACAACAACGGCUGCCACCUCCACCACAACCACAACCCCUGCCACAACAACAACAACAACGGCUCCCACUACCACCACAGCACCAACUACAACAACAACAGCUGCCACCACCACAUUCCCGGCCACAACAACAACCACUGCUCCCACCACCCCCACAGCCCCAGCUACUACAACAACAACAGCUGCCACCACCACCACAGCCCCAGCCACAACAACAACCACAGCGGCCACCACCACCACAACACCUGCCACAACAACAACAACAACGGCUGCCACCUCCACCACAGCUCCAGCCACUACAACAACAACACCUGCCACCACCACCACAACACCUGCCACAACAACAACAACAACGGCUCCCACUACCACCGCAGCACCAACUACAACAACAACAUCAGCUGCGACUACCACCACAGCUGCCACCACCACCACAACACCUGCCACAACAACAACAACAACGGCUCCCACUACCACUGCUCCUGUGACAACAACGACGGCUACCACCACCUCAGCCCCAGCAACUACCUCAACAAUGGCUGCCAGCACCACCACAUCCCCUGUCACUACAACAACAACAGCUGCCACCACCACCACAACCCCUGCCACAACAACAACAACAACAGCUGCCACCACCACAACAGUGGCCACCACCACCACCACAACACCUGCCACAACAACAACAACAACAGCUGCGACAACUACAACUGCUCCUGUGACAACAACAACAACGGCUACCACCACCACCGCAGCCCCAGCAACUACAACAACAACGGCUGCCACCACCACCACAACACCUGCCACAACAACAACAACAACAACAACGGCUGCUGCCACCACCACCGCAACCCCAGCAACUACGACAACAACGGCUGCCACCACCACCACAACCCUUGCCACAACGACAACAACAACGGCUCCCACUACCACCACAGCACCAACUACAACAACAACAGCUGCCACCACCACAACAGCGGCCACAACAACAACAACAGCUGCCACCACCAGCACAGCUGCCACCACCACCACCACAACCCCUUCCACAACAACAACAACGUCAGCCACCACCACCACAGCCCCAGCCACUACAACAACAACAGCUGCCACCACAACACCGGCCACAACAACAACAACAACAGCUGCCACAACUACCACUGCUCCUUUGACAACAACAACAACAACGGCUGCCACCACCACCACAACCCCUGCCACAACAACAAUAACAACAGCUCCCAUUACCACCACAGCACCAGCUACAACAACAACAGCUGCCACCACCACAACAGCGGCCACCACAACCCCUGCCACAACAACAACGGCUCCCACUACCACCACAGCACUAACUACAACAACAACAGCUGCCACCACCACCACCACUCCUGCCACAACAACAUCAACAACAGCUGCAACCACCACAACAGCGGCCACCACCACCACAGCACGUGCCACAACAACAACAACAACAACAACUCCCACUACCACCACAGCACCAACUACAACAACAACAGCUGCCACCACCACCACAACACCUGCCACAACAACAACAACGGCAGCCACCACAUCCCCAGCAACUACAACAACAACAGCUGCCACCACCACUACAGCUGCCACCACCACCACAACACCUGCCACAACAACAACAACAACAGCUCCCACUACCACCAAAGCCCCAACUACGACAACAACAGCUGCCACCACAACAAACCCAGCAACUACGACAACAACGGCUGCCACCACCACCACAACCCCAGCACCUACGACAACAACGGCUGCCACCACCACCACAACCCCUGCCACAACAACAACAACAACAGCUUCCACCACCACAACAGCGGUCACCACCACCACAACACCUGCCACAACAACAACAACAACAGCUGCCACCACCACCACCACAGCCCCAGCAACUACGACAACAACGGCUGCUCCUUUGACAACAACAACAACACCUGCCACCACCACCGCAGCCCCAGCAACUACGACAACAACGGCUGCCACCACCACCACAACCCCUGCCACAACAACAACAACAACGGCUCCCAUUACCACCACAGCACCAACUACAACAACAACAGCUGCCACCACCACAACAGCGGCCACCACCACCACAACACCUGCCACAACAACAACAACGGCAGCCACCACAACCACCACCACAGCCCCAGCCACUACAACAACAACAGCUACCACCACCACUACAGCUGCCACCACCACCACAACACCUGCCACAACAACAACAGCUGCCACCACAACAACAGCGGCCACCCCCACCACAACACCUUCCACAACAACAACAACAGCAGCCACCACCAGCACAGCGGCCACCACCACCACAACACCUGCCACAACAACAACAACGGCAGCCACCACCAGCACAGCCCCAGCCACUACAACAACAACAGCUGCCACCACCACCACAGCUGCCACCACCACCACAACAGCUGCCACAACAACAACAACAACGGCUCCCACUACCACCACAGCACCAACUACAAAAACAACAGCUGCCACCACCACAACCGCGGCGACCACCGCCACAACACCUGCCACAACAACAACAACAACGGCUCCCACUACCACCACAGCACCAACUACAAAAACAACAGCUGCCAUCACCACAACAGCUGCCACCACCACCACAACACGUGCCACAACAACAACAACAACGGCAGCCACUACCACCACAGCACCAACUACAACAACAACAACAGCUGCCACCACAACUACAUCUGCCACCACCACCUCAGUCCCAGUCUCUACGUCAACGACUGCUUUCACCACCCCCGUUCUUGUUGUUUUCAGAUCCAUUGAAAGUAAUUUUACAACUGACUUGUUGAAUUCAUCAUCUGAAGCUUUUAAAACUCGAGCUGCAAUUAUAAAGGCACAGCUGGAACCUCCUUACAGAAUUGCGUUCCCUUCCUUGGUCUCCUUGAAUGUUGUGAGCUUCAGGCAGGGAUCAGUCAUCAACACCAUAGAACUUCAGUUUGUAAACACAUCUGUACCAAACAACACUGCGAUUAGCAAUGUUUUGAACAGUACAGCCUCAAACGUUUCAGGCUUUGACAUCGAAAGGGCCUCCAUCACUGUCAAUGACACAUCUGCUGCAUCAACUAAUACAUCAACUACUACAACUGUUGUACCAACAACUACAUCUACUGCAACUACAGCAUCCACAAGUACAACUGCUGUAUCUACAACUACGGCUUCAAGUGGAGUAUGCCACAAGAUUAAUUCCAGCACUGUUUUACCCCUGGUGCUGCUGUUAUGGCUUCUAUCAAGCCAGCAAUAGCAUCUGUGCUGGUUUCCAUGUGAAAGGCAAGCAGAAGAUGAUGCAACUCUUUAUUUAUUGGACACAUCAGAAAGAGUAGAUUUGCUAUGUUUUUCAAUAUGAAAAUAUUUCUGGGUGGGAAUGACCCUGGUAUAAACAGAAUGACACAGACAAAGGCAAUAGAUUAUAACACAUAUUGGUGUUGUAUCUUAAAGGCUUAGUAGUUUAUGCUGUUCAAUUCAGUUCAAUUCAAUUUUAUUUAUAUAGCGCCAAACCACGCUAACAGUCACCUCAUGGCAAUUUAUAUUGUGAAGUACCUUGUAUUGUAUUAUAAGGUAAAGACCCCACAAAGACCCCUCUGCUUCUAAGUGUGUCUCUGCCUACAUGUCUGUUAACUGUUCAUCUUUCAUAUUUUCUAAAUGCAAAUGAUAUGUUUUAGGUUUCACUUCAUAUAGAGCAUACACAGCAUAUAUAUCACAAAUAUAUAUAUGUACCCCCCCCCCCAAAAGAAAGAAACCACUGGCUCUUUGUUUGCAGAAAUGGUGUGCAAGGGCACUGCCCUGUGCACUGUAGUCAAAUGGCUAAAUGGUAUGUCAUGCCAAGCCUGGGUUUUGACACCACACUGAUACAAAGGACCCAAGACACAGGCAGCGUUGUGGAAGAUUGCAUGUUUGAGUUAUCGUGGUUUAGCUCGGUAGCUAUUCAGUUCCAUGCUGCUCGGCUCAGCCCUGGUCAUCUGACCUGUGCUGCUGCUCUUUGUGGAUUUAGUCAGCUGAAUUCACCAAGAUAUAAGCAGAGAUAUCAUGGCUAGUUUUCAACACCUAGACUGUAUAAAGGUGGACUUUAGUGAUUAAAUCUGAUGUGAAGACCCUAGCCUUGUUUUUUUAGUUUAUAAUGAAUACAUUGGUUACACUGAAAAAAAAUUGGAGUGACAUUUACUUAAAAAAAGCUAGGCAACUUUUUCCACACAGAAAGUGCUUGUAAUCUUUACUCGGGCUAUUUCUAAGUAAUAUUUACUUACUAGAACCAUCUAUGUUUUAUGUGAAAUACACAAGUAAAUUGCACUGGCAAUACCCAUCUAUAGAUUGUAACUUUUACUCAGAAUACCAUUGCAUCCAAUUACAAAACCCAAGUGAACAUUGCUGAUAUUUCUUUGUGUUUCUUACUCAUCUUUUCUUUGUUAUAUUCUAUGUAAUUUUUAAGUAAUAUUUAUUAUGAAUGUACUAGUUAAUAUUAAUCAAAUUGAAUAAAUAUUUUUAUUAUUCUAUUAAAUAAUAAAUCAAUAUUUUCCAAAACAAAUAUUUGCAGCUUAAGGGACACUUUUAUUUCACAGUUGAAAUGGCAUAGAUAUAUUUAAAAUAUCUACAUAACAUUAUAACCACAAAAAACAUGGCCAUAGAACUUCUUGCUCGCAAAUUUCAAAACAGAGCAUAUACACAUAUACAAAAAAA